UCUUUCUCUCUCUUGUUCUCGUUUCUUCUUCCUCUUUCUUUCUCUCUUUCUCUUUCUAUCUCCAUUCUUUCUCCUCUCUCAUUUCUUCGCCAAACCCAUCUCAGUUCAACUUGCUCGAACAGGUGAUAAUUGUAGAAUCGCCCCCGAUGAGCAACGAGUUGAAUAUGAACGACGCUGAAUAUUCACAAAUUUGCGAUGCCGGUGGGUCGAACUUUGGAUAUGGUUCACCGGCCUAUGUUACCGGAUGGAUGUACGUCAAUCAAAAUAGUCAAAUGUGUGGUCCUUACAUUCAGCACCAGCUGUACGAGGGUUUAUACACUGGUUUUUUGCCGGAGGAGCUCCCUGUUUACCCCGUCCUGAACGGGAAUCUCCUCAAUCCUGUGCCCCUCAACUACUUUAAGCAAUUUCCUGACCAUGUUGCUACCGGCUUUGUUUACUUAAAUGUGCCUGCCCCUCGCGUAAAAGAGUCUAGAAAUGAUUGCCAUGGUUCCAAUGACCAGAAACUAAUCCCUGAGAAGAGCGAUAUAGAUGUAAAGUUCCCACUGUCAGGAGAUGAAUCUUGCUGGCUGUUUGAGGAUGAGGAGGGAAGAAAGCAUGGACCACACUCUCUGACUGAGCUUUACUCAUGGUGUCACUGUGGAUAUAUCCGUAAUUCACUAUUGAUAUAUCAUGCUGAUAAUAAGUACAAACCCUUGGAUUUGGAUUCACUGUUAAACACUUGGCGAACAGCUAGACAUGGAGCUGUAUUUGGGCAUGACGUGAAUGACCAACUCACUGGCUCAGCAUUUAACUUGAUAUCUGAGAUUUCUGAAGAAGUUUGUUUGCAGCUUCACUUUGGGAUCAUGAAAACAGCACGUAAAGUUGUACUUGAUGAGAUAGUUAGCUGCAUAAUUUCUGAUUCUCUUGCCACCAAGAAAAGUAACAAGAAUCAUAACAUUGAACCACUUAUUCACGAUGCCAAAUCCUGUUGUUCUUAUCGCAGAAUGUCUGAAGUAUGUCAAGUGAGGAAUGAACAUGUUGCUGCUGGGGAUGAAGUAGAAGUAUGUAACACUGUUGAGGAAAGAUGCAGUAGUGAAACAAUGAGAUCUCCUCCCAGCAUGAAAUCAGUUGGAGGCUUUGAUAACUUUUGUGCUGCAUAUAUCGCUGUUAGCAGGACGCUCUUUGAUUCUUGUUUGCAAGUCAUGUGGAAUGCAAUCUUUUAUGAUCCUGUAACUGAGUAUACAUCCACGUGGAGAAAGAUGAAACGGUGGCCUCCCCCUUCUUAUGUUGGUGAGCAAUGCAUUACAUCCAAACAGUUCUCUGUGCAGAGAACAAAGCUACCAGCAUACCAUCUAAUGGAGGAACAAGACUCCUCCAGCUCUGAGGUGGAUUGCCCUCCUGGUUUUGAACCAGUGAGUACUGCAAUAGAUGUACAAUUGCAGUCACCAUCAGUUUCUUCACCUUUUGAGGGACAAAAGUCUUCCAAAGGAAAUGUUUUGAGCUCCGAUACUAUUUAUGGUGACAUGGAGGUCAUCUUGGAAUAUAUACUGGAUAACCUUCAUUCAUCUUCAAAGUUGUCGUUGGUAGAUUACUUUAAGAGAUUUGUGGAUGAGGAAGUGAAGAAGGUGGUUGAUUUUCCAAAAAGUAGUCAUAAGAAAGAGGUAACUCUAUACUCCUCUCAUCUGCCCAACCAUACAGGUGGAUACAAUUCUCAGAAAAUCCCAACACUUCUAUUCUCAGAUGAUCGCCAACAUCCACCUCAAUUAGUAAAAAAUCUGUCAGAUCAGAGUGUAAUUCACUGUCAUGAAGUUUCUGUGACAACUUUAUCGAAGAGUGCAUUUCAAAAACUGCCAAUGCAUUUAGAUGACCCAACUGGUAUUGAAGUAGAUGAACUGUGUCCAGCUCUAUCCGAGGAAAGUAUGGAAGAAGACGUUCUGUUACAUUUCUCCAAGCGCUCUUUCCAGAAAUUGACUAUGCAUUUAAAUGAUGCGAGUAGUAUUGCAGUUAUUGAUGAAUUGCGCCCACCUCAAUCUGAGGAAAUUACUGAACGUUGUUCUUUAUCACAAAUUGGACAAGUGCAAUCAUUUAAACUAGAUGGGCAUGCUUGGAAAACCACUUUCCAGGUUGCAUUGAUGAUAAGCCGGUUGAGGAUAUAUGACUAUGUCAUGAAAAAAUUUGAAUCUUUAUAUGAUGAUGCUAUUGAGAAAGCUAUAACAGCGACAUGCUCUUUUAGGAGAUAUGAAUCACCCAAUAAGGGUACUGUGCGUUGCAUGAAUAAAGAAAAACCUGAUGAUGGAGAGAGAUAUUCUGAAGUAUCUUUAUUGAAAGAAGAAUACACAUAUUCUCGGAGGAGAAAGCUGAGUGGUAAAAAAUCAGAUUCAUUUAUUCUCUCCCUGACUAUGGGAGAGACUGAUCAUCUGAACCGAGCAUCGAAAAGGUCAAGGAGAUCUUAUACCCUUAAAACUAUUCCUCAGGCUGCUCAAGUUCAAUAUAUGAUUCCUCAUUUAGAGAAGCAGGGUCCAGAAAAUGACAGUAACAAGCCAUGUGCUAAUGUUAGCAUCCUUGGGGAAAAGGGAUCAUCCAUGCAAAAUUGUAGUUGGAGAUCAGAGAAAGUUGCUCGUGCUAUUCAAGAUGAUUUCUUCGAAGAUGAUUCAAGCAGCAAUACACGGAAUACAUCCUUUUUGACCAAAGACCAGCACAAUCUUGAGAGGAUUACUUGUGCCAAAAGUCUGGAAUCGAAUUCUUUGGAUUUUGAAGCUACUGGUAGCACCACCAAAAUGCCAAAAGCAAGUAAGGUCUCAAAACUUAAAAGGAAGCAACUGAUUGAUGAUACGCAAAUUUUGCGACCAGGGAAAGUCCAGAAACUAGCAAAUGGCGUUGCAAAACAAUCACUAUGUAAACAAGUUGAUGCACAUAAGAUUAAGAGAAGUAAGUCGAGGAUAGCAAGACCUUGUCCCCAGUCAAAUGGUUGUGCCAGGUCGUCUAUGAAUGGCUGGGAAUGGCGUGAAUGGGCUUUGACUGCUAGUCCCGGAGAAAGGGCUCGUGUCCGGGGUAGUCGCCCGCAUUCUCAAUAUAUGAAUUCUGAGUGUAUUGGUUCUCAUUCAUCAAGUUUUAAGGGACUUUCUGCGAGAACAAACAGGGUUAAGUUGCGUAACCUUCUUGCUGCCGCAGAGGGUGCCGAUCUUCUUAAAGCAACACAGUUGAAGGCAAGGAAAAAACGUUUGCGUUUCCAGCGAAGCAAGAUACAUGACUGGGGUCUUGUUGCGCUGGAACCAAUCGAGGCAGAGGACUUUGUUAUUGAAUAUGUUGGAGAACUUAUUCGCCCUCGUAUAUCUGAUAUACGUGAGCGCCAAUAUGAGAAGAUGGGAAUUGGGAGUAGUUAUCUUUUCAGAUUGGAUGAUGGUUAUGUGGUUGAUGCUACAAAGCGCGGAGGGAUUGCUAGAUUUAUAAAUCAUUCUUGUGAGCCUAACUGCUACACGAAGGUCAUUAGUGUUGAGGGGCAGAAAAAGAUUUUCAUAUAUGCUAAGCGGCACAUAUCUGCUGGUGAAGAACUCACUUACAAUUACAAAUUCCCAUUGGAGGAGAAAAAGAUACCUUGCCACUGCGGUUCUAGAAGGUGCCGCGGGUCACUGAACUGAAGGUUGAGGAGUUUAUAACAGGCCUCCAUGAACUGGGUAAUAUAUCUAGAGUUGACAUUUGGUCAUGUUCUUUCCAAGGUUAUUAACUGCUUCAGCAUGCUGCGACUUGACUCCAUUGCAUUAUUGCAGGAUGUCCUUUUCAUGUCAAUCGUUAAUGAUGAUGACAUUUACCCAACCAAUGAGCAUAUUCUUGUAGAUAUCGCUCAGUUGCAGAUGAGUUUCUCCUCUUAAGAACUGAAAGUUAGUUGUUUUUCUUCAUUAAUUUAGGGAUAGUUUGGAAAUCAAUGCCAUGUACAAACAUACCGACAAUUUUCAAAUAUUUCAUAAUAUAAAAAGAUUUGUUAUUUGGUAGGUAUAAAAGAACAUCCUCUCACACAGGGUGGUUGCACACAGUCAUGCUCUCACGGAAGAUUGCAAAAUUGUAUGGUUCGCUGAAACAAUUUACAAUGGGGAGAAGCAAGCAGUCUGUAGACAUGCGAAAUGCUUAGUGGAUUGUAUGUCGAGGCUUCUGGUGAUAAUUGUCAAAUCGGCCCCCGAUGAGCAACAAGUUGCAUACGAACGACGCUGAAUAUUCACAAAUUUGCGAUGUCGGUGGGUCGUCGAACCUUGGAUAUGGUUCACUGGCCUAUGUUACCGGAUGGAUGUACGUCAAUCAAAAUAGUCAAAUGUGUGGUCCUUACAUUCAGCACCAGCUGUACGAGGGUUUAUACACUGGUUUUUUGCCGGAGGAGCUCCCUGUUUACCCCGUCCUGAAUGGGAAUCUCCUCAAUCCUGUGCCCCUCAACUACUUUAAGCAAUUUCCUGACCAUGUUGCCACCGGCUUUGUUUACUUAAAUGUGCCUGCCCCUCGUGUAAAAGAGUCUAGAAAUGAUUGCCAUAGUUCCAAUGACCAGAAACUAAUCCUUGAGAAGAGCGAUAUAGAUGUAAAGUUCCCACUGUCAGGAGAUGAAUCUUGCUGGCUGUUUGAGGAUGAGGAGGGAAGAAAGCAUGGACCACACUCUCUGACUGAGCUUUACUCAUGGUGUUACUGUGGAUAUAUCCGUAAUUUUCUAUUGGAAGACUGGUGGAUGAUCGGACUGUGUCAUCUUCGGGAUCAUCUUAAAUAGAAAAAUAUCAGAAGGCGUCGAAUGGACGGAGGUUGCAUGGAGGCAUUAAGUCUUCUGUUUUGAACAUGGCAUUUCUUUUGUUUAUGAUCUGCAGCCUGAUAUGUUUUAUUAGUAAUUUUUGACGCUUCCGUAAAACAGAAGGAGAAAAGUUAAGAUGGUGCCGUAGGUCACUGAACUGAAGGUUGAGGAGUUUAUAACAGGCCUCCAUGAAUUGGGUAAUAUCUCUAGAGUUGACAUUUGGUCAUGUUCGUUCCAAGGUUAUUAACCUGCUUCAGCAUGCUGCGACUUGACUCCAUGGUAUUAUUGCAGGAUGUCCUUUUCAUGUCAAUCGUUAAUGAUGAUGACAUUUACCCAACCAAUGUGCAUAUUUUUGUAGAUAUCUCUCAGUUGCAGAUGAGUUUCUCCUCUUUAAGAACUGAAAGUUAGUUGUUUUUCUUCAUUAAUUUAGGGAUAGUUUGGAAAUCAAUGCCAUGUACAAACAUACCGACAAUUUUCAAAUAUUUCAUAAUAUAAAAAAGAUUUGUUAUUUGGUAGGUAUAAA